CGGAGGGGAGGGGAGAGGCCCGUUAAUUACAGGGCUCGGAGCGCUACAGUCGCUUCUCAUAGUGCUGCUUCUCAUAGUGCCGCUUCGCUCCGAGCGUGGGGUGUCUUUUGGCGGGUUUGCUGUCUUCUCGCUCGGGCUGAUCUGGCCCUGAACUGGGAGAUAACCCCGGUGGGGAACUGGCAGGGAACUGGCAGGGGAUCCUUCUCCCCGGGCAGCAGGAGCGCUUCGCCGCGCGGGCCGAAACCUGCCUGGAGCUGUCGGGUGGCUCCUGUGGCACUGGAGAGCCCCAGUGGGCAGCUGUGCCGCGUCGGCCUCGGUCCGUGUCGACGCUGCAGCGGGCGCAGGCCUGAGGGCGAGCAGCCGGCGCUGCGGUGGAGACGAGCAGCUCUGUGCCCUGCCCUCCCCUGACGGGGGCGGAACGAGAGACUGAGGCAGCAGUGCCUUCGCGAAGCCCCACCGCUUCACUUCUAAACUGGAUCAGAGAGUGGAACAUCAGCAUGCAGUUGCACCGUGGCAAUGGGGCAUAAUGUUUUUAACAACAGUAUUACUCCGAAAGAGAAUUCCUGGAAAACAAUGGAUUGGAAAAUACAGGCGACCAAGAGUGGUUACCCUUUCAAUGAAGCAAGCGAUGAUCCGAAGGUUGGAAAUUGAAGCAGAGAAUGAAUAUUGGCUGAGUCGACCUUACCUGACACGGGAACAGGAGUACGGACAUAACACAGAGGAGAGACGUGCAAAAUGGGAAGCUUUCAAAAGCCUGGUGAAAGCCAAGUUCCCUGAGCAUAGAUAUAUCAGCGAUGAUUUAAACCACUUAAAUGUGACGAAAAAGUGGACAUCUUGAAUAAUAUGGCCUAUUUAUAUUUGGCAUGCAUUAUGCGCUACUGUGGGGUCUGCCGUUCUACCUAUUAUGGUAGUUUUGUAAUUCAAUAUAAGGGUAGAUGACAAAUGAGACUUUGGACAGUAUACAAAACUUUACAUUAAAAGUAGUCCUACAGAA